CUUACUGCGAAAGGAUGAAGAAGCACAUGACGUUGGAAGUGAGAACGACACGUGAUACUCGUCAUUCUCACAUUUACGCUUUGGUUAACACCUUCUGUAUCGUAACACUUCGAACGCCUUGCGAGCGGGGAAAGGUUUCGCUCAACGUCAAGGUCCCACCAAAGAUUCCCUCUUGAUCAUAUUCACACCGGCCGUCGUACAAGCCAACAUGGGGAUUUCGAACGGUGCUGUCGAGCAUGCGCAGCGACAUUCUCGUCUCAUGUCGUUGCCGGACGAGCUCCUUCUGUGCGUCGUGGAGCAAAUCGAUGACACGCCAUCUUUGAGGAGCUUUAUUUUAACGUGCCAGAAGGCACAGAGCCUAGCAGAGCCAUGCCUCUGGCGCAGUAUUGUUAUCCGGAAUGGCGAGCAGGCCAGGAUGCUAUUCGGAAUGUUUCUCAAGCGUCGCGAGCGCAGAGCUUUUGUCCAACAUGUGGACGUGAAGCAUAAGCUCGACUCUCAAGGGGAAAUCGGUAUAUUCGAUGGCCAGAUUGGUCUCUUUAGCAACUUGAGGACAUGCAAGAUAGAAUCUCCAUGCCCGAACGACAAUAUUGUCUACAGUUCGACGGGCGAAUUCAGUGAUGGGGAGGGACAGCUGCGGUACUGGAAUGAUCUGCCAAAGUUGAACAAUGUCCAAUCAUUACAUCUACACACACAUAUCCGGGGAACGACAUAUUUCGAUCUCUGCAAUGGCAAAGGCUCGAUCAUUUUCCAAAGUCCUACGCUUCGCCACAUCCAUUUGGCAUGCACAGACAUCACGACCGAGAUUGUCGAGUCGCUUCGGGGCUGUGACAUUAAAACCCCACUAGAAACACUUGUUUUUGAAGAGUGCAACAUCGACUCCGACGCACUCGCGGUUAUUCUUUCGCUGCCAAAGGCGUUGAAGCGCUUAACUCUAGGCGAACGACUCUAUCAUUUCCACGACCCGCCGUCUGAGUGUCUCUCUCUGAGCGGGCCCGGUCUCGCUACCGCCCUGAAGCACCAAGCGCACUCGUUGGAAUACCUCAAACAAACUCAAGUGUACAAACCGAUUCAGAAUCAUUGGUUUAACCUCUCCGAAUCGGAGCGACAACGCCGAUUCUGCUCUUCGGACGCCCUGCCAUUCUUCCCAUCGCUCAAGGAGAUCGACUUGCCCUACGGAUCACCCCUCUAUGCAAUUGUUAAGAAAGCACCGCCUCAACUUGAGAGGAUCAGAGUGCACCAUUUCCACGGGAGCUUAUUGGGACAGCAAGACGUUUUGCUCAAGACCUUGCCUCGUGAGCUGAACAUAAUGAACCAGCGGCGCCUCUCGCAUCUCGAGCUCAUCUUCCCAGAGACAAGAACAAACCGCCAAGACACGCAAGAGCAGUGGCUCGAAACGCUCAUGGAUAAACUGAUCAAACAUGGGCCCUUUCGUCACGAGUCGAUGCGCACGAACAUUUGGGAGUUUGCCAGGAGACUUCGCACGAGGGACAUCCGCCUGACCAUAGACUGGAUUCGCAGUGCUGGAUACAUCCCUCCUUUCAUGGACGGCGAGAUCUUACCGACGCAAUUCAACAUCUACGAUUCGGAUCGGAUCGACGUGUUCGGGCACUACGAAUCUGGGCGAGUGUUCAGAGACAAGGAGUGCGAAAGGCGAGCUAGGCAGGAGGGCAUAUAUCAGGGGCCUGAACCACAAUUCUCGGAGCAUGAUUUGGAGGAAGGAGGGACGGAGGAGGAAGAGGAAGAGGAAGAAGAACUUGUGAUUCUGUGAUCGCAGCGUGAGUGGGCAUGAUGGGCAAGACGUAAGUGCAGGACAGACUCCUGCUCGAAGCUUGUAAAUUUUUCUGCUAGUAAUACGCGCUGUUGCUGGCGUAGUCAGCUUUUGGCCCGGGAAACGCGCCCGGAGGUUCGUGGAGUGCAUCAUUGUCCGAGUCCUCGGCGGAAUCGGGUUCAUCGCCGUACAUCUUCAAGUCGCUGGGCUCUGGUGGGGCUCUCAUCCUCGCGAGAACGUCUUCCUCUAACGAAGGUAUCUCAUAUGGUUUGGGCUGGUGGCAUUCCCGUCCAGAUGGCAUGUUGGACACCAAGGGGUCAAAAGACGGCACGAUCUGUACACUAACCUGUAUUUUCAAGAACCGACACGUCAGCCGUGAUUAACACGAAGUUGUCGAAUGCAAGUGCACAUACUGUAUCG